AUGAAGUUGCUCACAUAUGUUAAAAUAACAUAUACUCUACAGACAGCCGCUAUAGCUGCUCUAGUCUUUGUGUUGUUCACAUUCGCUCCGAAACUAAAGCAACAGUUUCAGCUCGCAAAGAUCCCCGCGCUCUCUAAAUCUAAAGACGCGCGCACGGGCUUACUGAAGUCUGUAAAGGAAAUUUAUAUUGAGGGAUAUAAAAAAUUCAAAGAUGGCGUCUACUACAUGGCAACCUCAGAUGGGGAGGAGGCUGUGGUCAUACCCCCAAGCUUAAUGCCAGAGUUGAGAGCUUUGCCAGAUGAUUUUCUCAGCUUCCCAAAGGCAGUCGUGAGAAUAAUGGCGGAGGAGUACACCAAGUUUAGCCUUGACCUCCCAGUCGCAGCACACAUUGUAAAAUCGGACCUUACACCGGCACUCGCCCGAUUGAAUGCCAUAAUAUUUAGUGAAGUCCAGGCAGCUAUGAGGCAACACCUGCCUCCCUGCGACGACUGGACCGAAGUAUGCAUCAACAGCCAGCUAAUGAAGAUUAUUGCCCAAGUUUCUGGUCGUAUAUUUGUGGGGCCUGCGCUUUCCCAGGACCCAGACUACCUAGACAUCAGGUGUACUUUCACUAAGGUUCUUGGGGACGCAGUUACAGCUGUUAAGAGAAUGCGCCCGUGGCUACGACCUUUCUUAGCUUCUGGACUACCUGAGAUUAAGAAGCUAAGAGCUAUUGAGAAACGAGCAGCGAAACACUUAGAGCCUAUCGUUCGCGAGCGGAUAGAAGCCGAGAAGAACGACCCCAACUGGCAAAAGCCAGAAGACCUAAUGCAAUGGCUUCUCACCCGCACUUCCCAGCAGGGUCACGCCGUCACAGUAGAAAGCGCAGCAACGUUACAACUAGGCUUAAUCUUCGCCGCAGUUCACACCACCACCCUGAGCGCCACAAACAUCGUCUAUUCGUUAGCGUCCACACCCGAGUACAUCCAACCUCUCCGCGAAGAGAUCGCUUCCGCCAUAGCGGACAACGGCGGCGAAUUCACCUCACGUGCACUGCAACAAAUGGUCAAGCUCGACAGCUACAUGAAAGAAGCAGUUCGCGUGAACCCUCCCAGCAUGUCAUCCUUUAACCGCCGCGUCCUCAAAGAUAUCACUCUCUCCAACGGCCAACGCAUCCCCAAGGGCGUCAUGCUCGAAGUUCCCUCCUAUGCCGUCUACAUGGACGCAGCGAACUACCCCUCGCCCUCCACGUUUAAUCCGUUCCGGCACUCUAAUCUGCGCGCUAGCGGUAGCUCUAUAGACAACGCGCGCUCGCAAUUCGUGUCUGCGAAUGAAACAAAUCUGUCGUUUGGCUACGGCCGCCACGCGUGUCCUGGCCGCUUCUUCGCAACGAAUGAAAUUAAACUCGUGCUGACGCGCUUAAUCCUCGAUUACGAUAUCAAGAUGCCCUUGGGGCGGAUAGAGCGCUGGGAGCAAUUGGCGGUUGGAAGGACUAUGAUGCCGGAUCCGACGAAGUCGAUUAUGUUGAAGCGUGUGGCUGUGUAGAGUAGGUAGGCUGCAGUCUAUUUAGAGCCCGAAGGUAAUGGUCCUUGGUUUAGGGAGUUUUAGAUAGAUAAUUUUACACAGGUUGUUUUCUGUUUAGAAACUAGACACACAGAAA